AUGAGCACCUUCCAGCGAGAGACAUUAAUGGAAAAUAGAAACCUUCUUCGGAUUCGAGAGAAGGAGAGACGCAACCAAGAAGCUCACCCAGAGAAACAGGCGUUUGCUGAAAAGAAGCCCCUGUUUGGAGAGCCCUACAAGACUACCAAAAGCGAUGAGUUGUCACGUAAGAUACAGAAGAUACUAGGAGACUACGACGAUGUCAAGGCGCACUUGAGCCAUAUGUCUUGGCCUCAUUGUCCAGAUGGUUCCGAAGACAGCUGGGGGGAGCCAAAAUAUCCUUUAUUUCAUGACAGGGAGAGCCUUGCAUCCAACAACUUCUGCAUGAACAUCUCCCACGAGCCUAUUCGUACUUCUUCUGACCCUGGAUCAACUUUUGUUGGUAACAUUGGCCACAGUUCAAACGUGGCACCACCAAAGAUGGAGCCAUUGCCAAGACUCCAGGCCAAAAACUAUGGUUCACCGGACAAACAGCAUCUGACUCAAGAUCGCCUCAGUCAGGAGGGGCACUCCUCCAACAACAGAAAGUGUGACCACAGAGCUGAUGGUGAAUCAGCCCCGGGGAAAACACUCUCACCCUUAAUCUCCCCUGUGUCCUAUUUGUCACCUGUACAUUCCAGACCGCAAGGAACCAGCAAGGUUUACAGCAGCAGUAGCCCCAGCGACAAAAGCUACUGUGCAGACAAGUCUUCCAAGGACCUGAAGGUCAAGGUUCAAGAUAACGAGACUCCGCUUGACAGUUUAGUGGUAGGUACCAGACUUGGGGUGGCCUCUUCUCAAACGUUUCCACCCCCUCCUCUCCCCUCAGAAAGUGUUGCUAUGCAGCAGAAGCCCGUGACAUAUAUCUGGCCCACUGAUGGUCAGAAUCAGGCUCCCAGUGAGUCCUCGGAGCAGAAGCAGCCACUGGAAUUCAAUGGUCAGCAGAGCUUCGAAAAACUGGAUGUAAAAGUGCCAGCCAAAGCCAAACUCACCAGACUGAAGAUACCUUCACAGUCGGUGGAGCAGUUGUUCUUCAAUGAAGUUCGCUGCAUUGAAGAGAUUCUGAAGGAAAUGACCAAUUCGUGGCUUCCUCCUCUGACAGCCAGGCACACCCCCAGUAAGAACAACGCAUCCAGAUCUCCUUUCCCCACUAAGGAGCCUCUGCCCAAUAGUUCUGCAACCCAAAGCCAAAAUCAAUACGAUCCGCAUUCCAAAACCCAUCCCAAUUCCCAGAAAGGAACAUCCAUACUCUGGGAGGACCUGCAGCUCAGCGACAGUGAAGACAGCGACACUGAACAAGGUGCAGAGAAGCUGCCAUCCCUAUCUGCACCUCCAAGUGCUCCCCAGAAUCUCCGGGAGCCAGUGGUGUCAGCACAUUCCAGUACUGCAGAAACUGAGAGCAGCAGCAGCAGCAGCAGCAGCAGCAGCAGCGGGUCAGACUCAGACUCCAAGACAGACUCUGAGAGUAAGAGCACCUCACGCGAUAGCAAGAAGAGUGAGCCCCUAGAAAUCCCCGCUCCAGAGCCCGAGCCUAGCACAACAAACUCCUUAACCAAAGUGAAGCUACCACCAGUGCCCCUCGAGGCUCGGGGGAGCACUGAGUCUCCAAGCGGGCCCCAAGAAAAUAAGGGUGAAACCCGCAACACUCACCAGCUACACCCUGAGUGCAAAGGCUCUCCCCCGAAGAGUUCCAGCAAAGCCAUCCAAGAUCCCACUGAAGGGCCCCUACCUGAGGAGAGGAGCUGCCAGAAAUCCCCUGCCCAACAGGAGCCCCCACCUCGGCAAACUAUUGGAACCAAACAACCCAGAAAACCUGCCAAGGGCUCUGGCCAGGCAGAGCCCCAGGCCUGCUUGCAGGUGGAAAGUAAACCAGGACCCCCUCCUUCUGACUCCAGAGAACAGACUUCCAAAGACAAACCCAAGGUGAAGGCAAAAGGCAGGGAGCCUAAGCCUGAAGCUCCCAUGCCCAAGCAUCAGGCAGCUGAGCCUGCCCCUAAGGAGAAAAGGAAGCACAAGGGUCCCCAGGCUCCCUCCAAGGUGCCCUCAGGCCCUCAGCCUCCAAAGGACAAAGCUGGGAACAGGAACUCCUUCACUCCACCCCACAGUGGUAGGGGCUGCAGUGGCAGCAGCAGUGGCAGGUCUAGUGACUGCCAACAGACUGCAAAUGUCCAGGGGGAAGGCCAAAAGAGAGACACCGAAUUGCUCUCACCAGGCAGAGACUCUAUACCCCCAAUGAGUUUGGUAGUGAAGAUAAACACAGAUCAUCUCACUCGGAUUCCCCAGCCCCUGGGGAAGGGUGGCAGCCCUAGGAAAGCAGAAGACAAGCAGCCUCCAACAGAUAAGAAGCAGGACUCUGAGAACGGAGACUGCAACAGCUCCAGCAGGCUGAGCAAGAAGAGAAAGGGCAGCGACUCAGAAAAAGACCAUGCCAGAAAGAAAAUCAAAAGGGAGAAUGAUGUCCAGACACACUGUACCUCUUCUUCCUCUUCCCAUAUGGAAUCUUCCAAAACAAAGACUUCCAAACCCUCCUCAGAGUCCUCAAGAACAGAAAUGCCUUCUCUGCCACCCGUGUCAACCUCUUACUCUUCCCAGAAGUCAACCAAAGCUGCACACAAGAGGCCAAAGCCAGACGUAGACACCUGUGGUCAGGACCCUCCCCAAAGUGACAGCCGUGCCAAAGACAGUGACAAUGACUCUUCUGUCCCCACGCACAGGAAAGUGCCGAAAGUGCAGGCCAAGGGCUCGGAAUACAAAGGGUCUUCUAGAGAAGCCACAGACGCCUUCCUAGUGCCUUCUUUGCCAAACGGGAACUGUAAACCAGGGAAGCCACAAGUGACAUCUUACAGGCAGCAAGCUGACUUUCACAUGAAGGAAGCCAUAAGGUUAAGGUAUAAAGCAGGGGCAAUGACCAACAAGAUCAGAAAGGCCUUCAAGUAUUUGGAAGCCGUCCUGUCUUUAAUUGAGUGUGGGAUGGCCACGGAGUCAGAAAGCUCAGCAAAUUCAGCGUACACUGUCUACUCAGAAACUGCAGACCUCAUUAAGUUCACGAUGUCAUUAAAAUCCUUCUCGGAUGCCACGGUGCCAGCACAAGAAAAGAUAUUUGCUGUUUUAUGUUUACGUUGCGAGUCACUGGUGAACAUGGCGAUGUUUCGCUGUAAAAAGGACAUAGUAACGAAGUACUCUCACUCCCUUAGUGACCACUUCAAAAAUUCUUCCAGUGUAACCCAGGAAUGCACAGCUAUUCCGUCCACUCUCUCCCCAGUGCCUUCUCCUGCCAGAUAUGUCGGGACCCAGUCAAGUGCUGGUGGGAUGACGGCCACCGUCAGUGUCCCAGUCACCAUCCAGAACAUGACCUCUGCCUAUUUCACCAUCACAAGCCACAUCCUUCAAGCCUUUGAACUCUGGGAACAGUCAGAGGCCCUUACAAAGAAGAAUAAAGAAUUCUUUGCUCAGCUCAGCACAAAGGUGCAAAUCUUGACCCUCAACAGCAGCCUGGUGGACCUGGUGCACUACACAAGACAAGGUCUGCAGCAGCUGAGACAAACACUCCAAACUCCCUAA